ACUCUCCCCGGGGCUUCUUAUUGCCCGGAGUAGGCAUGGCGGCUAUGAGCUUGCUGCAGCGGGCUUCGGUCACCGCGGUGGCCGCUCUGUCUGGCCGCCGCCUGGGCACUCGGCUUGGACUCGGGGGCUUUCUCUCGCGUGGCUUUCCGAAACCUCUAGCUCCUGUGAGACACAGUGGAGACCAUGGGAAAAGACUGUUUGUUGUCAAACCUUCUGGAUUCUAUGACAGGCGUUUUUUGAAUUUACUGAAAUUCUACAUUUUAUUGACUGGGAUUCCAGUAGCAAUUGGCAUAACUUUAGUGAAUGUGUUCAUUGGUGAAGCAGAGUUAGCAGAAAUUCCAGAAGGCUAUAUCCCAGAACACUGGGAAUAUUACAAGCAUCCUAUAUCAAGAUGGAUUGCCCGAACUUUCUACGAUAGUCCUGAAAAGAAUUAUGAACGAACAAUGGCCAUCCUUCAAAUUGAAGCUGAAAAGGCUGAAUUACGUUUAAAGGAGCUGGAAGUACGAAGAUUAAUGCGUGCGAGAGGCGAUGGUCCCUGGUUUCAAUAUCCGACCAUUGAUAAGGAGCUUAUUGAUCAUUCUCCAAAAGCAAGUCCUGACAACUAACUUUUUAUUUCUCUAAAUACAAAAUAUAUUCUCUUUAUGGGAAAAUGAAGUAAUAAAUAUAUUCUGUAUUUUUGCUCAGAGUGAUGAAUAAAAGGUCCUCUUCCAUUGCUCUGUUUCUCAUUGUUGGUUCAGACUAAGGCUGUUUUGUGUGUGAUUUCUAUUUUUUUUCCAGCUUUAUGAGGUAUAAUUGACAAAAAUUGUAAGAUAUUUAAAGUGUACAUUAUGAUUAUUUGAUAUAUGCAUACAUUGUGAGUGGCAGAUUAAGGCUUUGGAUUUGAGAGUUUUAGCUUCCUCUUUUAAGAAGGUUUAAAAUAAGAAAUAUACUUGAAGAAAUAGGAAUUUGUGAACUUCUUAAAGGUGUAACUUUGAAAGGUUAGCGUUUCACUUGUAUGAUAAAUGGAAGUUAGAGAAAUCUGAGCAUGUUGAGUAUCAGGAAAUAUAGUAGUUUAUAUACAUGUCAAUAUUGUAGACAUCUGGAUUUUUCAGAGGCAACUCAGAGUUUUAUACAAAUUGAACCAACUAUGUAAAACAUUAACACCUUAACAUUUUCAGUGAACAAAUCUCAAAGUUUAUUUUGAUGGGCUUUAGCCAGCUGUCAUUCUUCUUAAAUACACACACACACACACAUUUUUCUUAAACUCAAACUCUAAGAUUCUUUCGAGUCCUUCUUUGCAAACACUGGAGAAGUUGUUCCAAAAGGUAAAAUGAUUACUGCAAAGGUUAUGAAAUGUGAAUAAAAGCUAAAAUAAUGGCUGUCACUUAUUAAACAUUUACUGUCUGCUGCAUUUUUUCACAUUGUUUUCAAAAUGACCUUUUGAGGUCAUUUUUGUAACCAUUCUGUGCUUCACAGUUGAGAAAUUGAGGCUCAGAGAUUUUAAACACGUGUUCAGAUUUACCGAAAUAAACAUUUACAUUUCAACUUCCAAAAUGAUGUUUUAGCUUUAAAAAUUAAUAAUUUUCAGUGAAUACCUUUUGAGUGCCCUCUUGCCCUAAGGGCUCUCAGUGCCCUUUACAAUUCAGCCAAGAUCCUUUGGGGUGGUUGCAUUUUCUUAUUUCCCCAGCAGAGGGCUGCCUCUCCCAGCUCCCUCCAGAUUUGGUUCUGAGGAUACCCUAUGUGAUCUAAUUACCACCUCAUAGUUCUGCUCAAGGAUUUGGGAGAAGGGCAUGCUCUCCUUAAGUGCCUGCUUGCACAAACCAUUCAGUUUUGUAAGGGGCGGGUAAGAAGGAUGCGAGCAGACAGGUCAUGUAAGUGGUCAUUGUAAACAUCUGUACGUUUAUGUUCACUCCUUUUAGACUUUACAGAGGUUGUUUUUAGGCAUUAGUAGGUUUUACUGUAUGUUUUCCUUUCUACUACUAUAGAUGUAAAGAAAACAACAUAAAUACUGACAGUCUCAUCACCCAUAAAAAAAUUUCUUUGUCUUUUUU